CCAUUUUUGCGGAAGUCCGGUCUGCGGCUCACUUCGGAGUGUCAACAAAACAAACUGGAGUGAGAUCAAAGUAAACAUGCGCCGAUACUCGAUUAACUGAAGCCCAUUUGAGCUGUCAUGGACUGUUGAAGUUCCCUCAGCGCGGCAGUGAGAUGGAGGAGAUGGAGGAGAUGGAGGAGGAUGUUUCAGAUCUGUUUGAUGAUCAUAAUCAUAAUUCUCACGCUCAUGUUGUGAGUGUGUUUACACCUGCGCAGGUGUGUGUGGAUUCAUCAGACUCUUGCAGUGACACCUGUGAAUCUGACAGCUCACCUGCAGCCGCUUCUAACGGCGCCGCACUGCUGCUCAACUCUGCUUCAAAGUUCCUGAUGAAUGCAAUGACAGCAGAAGACUACAGGACAAUAUACUGGCCAAAACUAGAGCGAGCCAUUGAACAUCUGCUGACUCAAAGCCCCAUGGACCACAUCUCCAUCUCAUAUGAACAGAUCUACAGUCACGUUUAUAAGUGUGUGUGCCAACAACACUCAGAACUGCUCUACAGUGACUUGAUAUGGAAGAUCACAUCUCAUCUAGAACACGUCUCUUCUGAGCUGCAGGCCAGUCCACCUGAAAGUUUAAUUGAAAACUUCAACGUUGCUCUGACGCAGUACACUGCUGCACUACACUGCAUCGUUCCAGUGUUCAUCUAUAUGAAUAAAUUCUACAUUGAGACUAAGCUGAACAGAGACCUGCGGGACGAUCUUAUGAAGCUCUUCUCAGAGCAUGUAGCUGAGAAACACGUCAGCAUAUUACUGCCUCUUCUUAAAAAAGCUCAUUCCAUGCCAUUUCAAGUCAAACCGUCAACUAUGGCGAGUGUUGUGAGAGGCCUUUACACCCUCCGACCAGACUGGGUGGCUCUCGCUCCAGCUCUGUUUUCUAGAUUCAUUCCUCAGAUCGAUCCUCCUGCUCUUGAAUCCCAUCUCCCAUAUUACGCCGCUCAAGACAAGAAACUGCAAACGGAGCUCUCACAGAACGGCUUCUCCAGAGGAGACCAGUCACGAAAGCGAGCGAGCGAAGAAUCGUGACAGUGAAGUGGAUUUUUACACUACUUCAGUUAUGCUGAAAGACUUGAACACAAACACGCCUCCUGAUUUCUUUCUGUGAUUUCCAGUCAAGCUCACCGACAAGCUGCUGGGCUUUAAAGGAAUGGUUCGUCCAAAAAAUGAAAAUCUGUCAUCGUUUGCUCAUCCUUGUGUUGUUCUAAAACGCAUGGCUUUAUCUCCUCUGUGGAGCACAAAAGGAGAUGUUGGAGAGAAUAUACAGUGAAAGGGGACUAGGGCCAUCAAGCGUCAAAAAGCACAAUAAAAUACAAUGAAAGUAGUCCAAACGACACGACUCGUGGACUAUAUUCCAAGUCUCCUAAAGCCAUAUGAAACAUUGAUGGAGGGAACAUUUUUCAAUGCAUAAUGACUUUGGAAAGAGCAGCAUAAAUAUCUCCUUUCAUGCUUGAUGGAAGAUAGAAAAGAAUGAGUGUGAAUAAUGAAUGGACAUAUUUGCAUUUUUGGGUGCACUGUUCCUUUAAGCCCAUGUAAACGUAUCGCUUCACUUCUACAAUCCUUCGGGAAUUCUCUGUUAUUUUGAGAAUUUGCAAAAGCAUUACAAAACUACACCAACAAAAUCAUCACUAUGGCCUUCCUCGUUUCUCAGCGUUUGGAUGGCACACCCAGAUAUACAGGAAAUAGAUCUGUCAAUAUGGCGGUUGCGUCUUUCUGCUCUUUCUGGAUUUCCUUCGCACAAAAACCAUUGUGUCUACAAGCUGAUUUUCCUUUCUGCUCCGAGUCCAUUUUCCUGCCAUGUGGGUUUAAAAUGAAUGGUGUGAUAUCUUGGUAAUGCUCUUUUAAGGUUACAAUAACGUUGGUGCUGGAUCCAGGAUUUCGUAUCGAAUAAUGGACGAGGUAUUCACAUUUAGGGUUCACUAAUGAAGAAAAGAGGUUCAUUUUUCUCAACUUUAGUUAACGCAGUUUUAACCAGUUUUAUUGAACACUCUCAACCGUUGUACCUAAUAAUGACGUGCCUUUGGUCGUUUACCUUUCUUCCUUGCGGUGAAAUUUUAUAUGUUAGUAAAUGAAUCUUGUAACAUGACAACAGCAACUGUGGAUCUGAUUUGAUGACCCGGUAUGCUGCGUUUGGAAGCAAAACUAGUCCUAAUCGAAUCUGGAUUGAGUCUAUCUAGGCAGAUCUAGUCAGAAUACAAAGAGCUGCUAACAAGUUAUCUGGUAUUAAAGAUAUCACUGUAAUACUUCGUAAUGAUGCUCAUCAAUGUAAUAAUAUUUGAAUGUACAUUAUGGACAAAUCUGCUUGUUAAUGACUUGGGAAUAUCGAUUUCAAAAGUGUUACCCAUGAAAGGAAGCACAAAGAAUGAAUUGGCAUAUCAUCAGUGUUACAGAACAGUUCCGGUGUCAUUUUGCUUGUUUAACUAAUGUCAAUCCUUCGAUAUGUGUAAGGCAUAUUCUCUAAAACCUCAUUACAAAACAUGUAUUAAAUGAGUGAAAAUGCCAAACAGAAAAUAAACAUUGAC